AUUUUAUUCAAUUCCAAAACGGCCAACCUAUAAGUUGUGUUUGUGCAAAUUUCGCGCGUUUGCAAGUUUUUGUAGUUCGCUUCCGAUUCUUAUACAUAACGAUCUCAAGCGAUCUCCUCUGCCGAAUAUAAAAUACAGAUAUAUCCAGAUCUGCAUGCUGGAAAGUAACGCCAGUUACGGUUUAAAUACAGUCAAGACGCGAACCCCACUCAACUCCUUAAUGAGUUUCCCUCAAAUAAACGGAAUUCGUAAUAAAAAACGUCCGAUUUGGCGCUGAUAAAGCUGAUAAGGAACGCAGCCAAAGUCAGCUGCAUUUUACGAUAAGAAGCAGCGACGCCGCCUCAAACUGACGCCGACACCGACUAAAAUGUCCACGGAGCGUGAGCUGGCUCCCGGUGGGCCAGCUCAGCUCCACCCGCACACGUUGCCCCUGACGUUCCCGGAUCUCCAGAUGACCUCCGCCGUUGGCAUUAUCGGAAAGGUCUACGAGUCACAGUGGACCCCCUCGCCCACUCGGCCUCAGAGUCCCUCUCAGGCGCAGACUAGCUUCGACACGCUCACAUCACCACCAGCGCCCGGCUCGUCGGUCAAUCCCACCGCAGUCACUAGCCCAAGUGCCCAGAAUGUGGCCGCUGGUGGAGCAACUGUGGCUGGUGCAGCUGCAACCGCCGCCCAGGUGGCCUCCGCCUUGGGCGCCACCACCGGCAGCGUGACACCAGCGAUUGCAACCGCCACGCCAGCCACUCAACCGGAUAUGCCCGUUUUCACGUGCCCACGCCGGCCGAAUCUCGGACGAGAAGGACGUCCGAUUGUGCUCCGGGCCAAUCACUUCCAGGUGACAAUGCCGCGUGGCUAUGUUCACCACUACGACAUCAACAUUCAGCCAGACAAGUGUCCGCGAAAGGUCAACCGUGAAAUUAUCGAGACCAUGGUGCAUGCUUACAGCAAGAUCUUCGGCGUGCUCAAGCCGGUGUUUGAUGGCCGCAACAAUCUAUACACCCGCGAUCCAUUGCCCAUCGGCAACGAACGUCUGGAGUUGGAAGUGACUCUGCCCGGCGAGGGAAAGGAUCGCAUCUUUCGCGUUACGAUCAAGUGGCAGGCUCAGGUCUCGCUAUUUAAUCUGGAGGAGGCUCUGGAAGGCCGAACCCGGCAGAUACCUUACGACGCCAUUCUCGCCCUGGACGUGGUCAUGCGCCAUCUGCCCAGUAUGACGUACACGCCGGUAGGACGCAGCUUCUUCAGCUCUCCCGAUGGUUAUUACCAUCCCUUGGGUGGCGGUCGCGAGGUGUGGUUCGGUUUCCAUCAGAGCGUUAGGCCCUCGCAGUGGAAGAUGAUGCUCAACAUCGAUGUCUCGGCCACCGCUUUUUACAAGGCUCAACCAGUCAUUGACUUUAUGUGUGAGGUGCUGGACAUUCGCGACAUCAACGAGCAGCGCAAACCGCUCACUGACUCCCAGCGCGUCAAGUUCACCAAGGAGAUCAAGGGUCUGAAGAUCGAAAUUACCCACUGCGGCCAGAUGCGUCGCAAGUAUCGUGUGUGCAACGUCACCCGGCGUCCCGCACAGAUGCAAUCUUUCCCACUGCAGCUGGAAAACGGACAGACCGUAGAGUGCACCGUGGCCAAGUAUUUCCUGGAUAAGUACCGCAUGAAGCUGCGAUAUCCGCAUUUGCCCUGCCUUCAGGUGGGACAGGAGCACAAACACACCUAUCUGCCCCUGGAAGUGUGCAACAUUGUGGCCGGGCAGCGGUGCAUCAAGAAGCUGACCGAUAUGCAGACCUCGACCAUGAUCAAGGCCACCGCCCGUUCAGCACCGGAUCGCGAGCGUGAGAUUAACAAUUUGGUCAAGCGGGCCGACUUCAACAACGACUCGUAUGUACAGGAGUUCGGUCUGACCAUUUCCAAUUCGAUGAUGGAGGUGCGAGGACGCGUUUUGCCGCCGCCAAAGCUUCAGUAUGGGGGACGUGUGUCUACCGGGAUCACCGGCCAGCAACUGUUUCCGCCACAGAACAAGGUGAGCUUGGCUUCGCCCAACCAGGGUGUGUGGGAUAUGCGAGGCAAGCAGUUCUUCACCGGCGUGGAGAUUCGUAUCUGGGCCAUAGCGUGCUUUGCUCCCCAGCGCACUGUGCGCGAGGACGCGCUGCGUAACUUUACCCAGCAGCUGCAGAAGAUCUCAAACGAUGCCGGCAUGCCGAUUAUUGGCCAGCCGUGCUUCUGCAAAUACGCCACCGGGCCGGAUCAGGUGGAGCCGAUGUUCCGCUACUUGAAAAUUACCUUUCCGGGGCUGCAGCUCGUCGUGGUAGUGCUACCGGGUAAGACUCCGGUUUAUGCAGAGGUAAAGCGAGUGGGAGACACCGUCCUGGGCAUGGCUACCCAGUGUGUGCAGGCCAAAAACGUGAACAAGACGUCGCCGCAGACACUGUCAAAUCUUUGUCUUAAGAUCAACGUUAAGUUGGGCGGCAUCAAUUCGAUCCUCGUGCCGUCCAUCAGGCCGAAGGUUUUCAACGAACCGGUUAUUUUCUUGGGUGCUGAUGUAACACACCCACCAGCUGGCGACAACAAAAAACCAUCGAUUGCCGCCGUCGUGGGCUCAAUGGAUGCCCAUCCGUCUCGCUACGCCGCUACCGUUCGGGUGCAACAGCACCGCCAAGAAAUUAUCCAGGAGCUGAGCAGCAUGGUGCGCGAGCUUCUGAUCAUGUUCUACAAGUCAACAGGCGGCUAUAAGCCCCACCGCAUCAUUCUCUAUCGCGACGGUGUCUCCGAGGGUCAGUUCCCGCAUGUUCUGCAGCACGAGUUGACCGCCAUUCGGGAGGCCUGCAUCAAGCUGGAGCCCGAAUACCGACCAGGCAUCACGUUCAUCGUGGUGCAGAAGCGCCAUCACACGCGUCUUUUCUGCGCCGAGAAGAAGGAGCAGAGCGGCAAGUCGGGCAACAUUCCCGCAGGCACCACCGUCGAUGUGGGCAUCACACAUCCCACCGAAUUCGAUUUCUAUCUGUGCAGCCACCAGGGCAUCCAGGGCACCAGUCGUCCGUCUCACUACCACGUUCUGUGGGACGACAAUCACUUUGACUCGGACGAGCUGCAGUGUCUCACGUACCAGCUGUGCCACACAUACGUGCGGUGCACCCGAUCCGUCAGCAUACCGGCGCCAGCCUACUACGCCCAUUUAGUGGCCUUCCGUGCCAGAUACCAUCUGGUGGAAAAGGAGCACGACUCCGGCGAAGGCUCGCACCAGAGCGGCUGCUCCGAGGAUCGCACGCCAGGCGCCAUGGCCAGAGCCAUCACUGUGCACGCUGACACCAAGAAGGUCAUGUACUUUGCCUAAAAAGUAUCACCCCAUAUACCAACACCAAAAAGCUAAGGAAUACAAAAUCAGUUUCGAAAUUCAAUUCGAAUAAGCUACUCCCCCCACUUCCUUCCCUCAGAUCAGCAAGCGGAUGAAUGCCAACCCUAGAAAUAUAGAAUUAAGCUACAUUUUACGUUGAGACAGCGCGAUGGGAGGUUAACCAACGAGAAUACGAAGAUCUUGCAUGCAUUAGUUAUUUAGUAAGCAAAAGAAAAUCCCACAAAGACAGAAAAACACCACUCAUCCACACACAACGCAGAAAGCACACAGUGAGAAAUUGUAGGAAUAGGCAAUCGAAUGUUAUGCACAAGUUUGCGCAACCGAAGAAAAAUAAACGAACCCGAAAGUGAAAUGUGAGAAUUCUCAAAAGCAAGCGUAGCAAACAAAUUGAAAGCAAAUAGUAAAUCAACUAAAGGGAACAAAAACUACGACAGCAACACCAACCAACAUCAGAUAACAAAAAAAAAAAAGAAAAAAGAAAA